GUGAAUUAUACAGAGCCUCUUUAAGAAAACAAACGUUCCCGGCACAAGGCAGUAUUGAAAUACAUGAAGACAAUGAGGAAGGAGUUCAAAACCAGAACUGCAGAACUCAUGUGCUUAUUUUGAUCCUGCAUGGGGGGAACAUCUUAGACACUGGAGGUGGAGACCACAGCAGCAAGCUGGCAGACAUCAAUACCUUCAGUUCUGUGUUUGAGAAUGUGACCCGAGCCCAUUUCCCUGCUGCUUUAGGUCACAUCUUAAUCAGACUUGUUCCCUGCCCUGCAAUCUGUUCAGCAGCUUUCUCUCUUGUUUCCAACCUAAAUCCCUACAGCUAUGAUGAGAGCUGUCUCAGCAGCAGUGAAGACCACAUCCCACUGGCUGCCUUGCCCUUGCUGGCUGUUUCAUCCCCUCAGUACCAGGACGCAGUUGCCAUGGUGAUCAGUAAAGCAAAUCAAGUUUACAAUGAAUUUCUCAAGUCUACUGAUGGGGCUGGUUUUAAUGGACAGGUGUGUCUCAUCGGUGACUGCAUUGGAGGAAUUUUGGGCUUUGAUGCCAUCUGCUAUAAUUCUAACACAGCUGACGAGAGCCGGAACAGUAGCAGGAGAGGCAGCAUCAGCAGCAUUCAGGAUAAUCCUGUCUCAGCAGAGGACUCCAGUCUGGGUGGCAGCAAACGCCUGAGCAAAAGCAAUAUUGACAUCUCGGGAAUUAUGGAGGAUGAGAAGCCACAGCAGAUGUUGCCUAGGAAACAGAGUGACUCAUCCACCUAUGACUGUGAUACCAUAUCCCAACAUCAUGCUUUCCUGUCCAGCAUCCACUCGAGUGUGUUGAAAGAUGGUACGGAGUUUCCUCCUGUGAAUUCCAGUCUCUCAGAAGUAAAUUUGGGCCGAUUUGAAUUUGAGGUGUCUGAUUUCUUCCUCUUUGGAUCGCCACUUGGUUUGGUGCUGGCCAUGAGGAGUACUGUGCUGCCUGGCCUGGAUGUGUGCCAGGUCCGCCCAGCCUGCAGCCAAGUGUACAGUUUCUUUCACUCUGCUGACCCCUCUGCCUGCAGACUUGAACCAUUACUGGAGAAAAGAUUCCAUCUCCUGCCUCCAUUCAGUGUCCCACGGUACCAGAGAUACCCACUAGGGGAUGGAAGAUCUCAUCAGUUAGGUGAUGCUAUCCACAACCACAGUGCUCUGUUCCUUGAGAACAGCUCUUUGAACAUACCCUUCUCUCGGGAGAGUCCUGGAUCUCCAAAUGCAUCUGAUCAACCACAAGGAAAAACAAGAAAGUUGAGCUUGGCCAGCACAAACAGUGAAAACUCAGGAUCAACUGAAAGCUUGCCAUCAGCGUACCUUGCCAACAUUACUGCAAAAUGGUGGGGAACAAAACGAAUAGAUUAUGCCUUGUAUUGUCCAGAUGUGCUGACAGCCUUUCCAACUGUGGCCCUGCCACACCUCUUCCAUGCCAGCUACUGGGAAUCAACAGAUGUUGUGGCCUUCAUUUUAAGACAG